AUGGCUUCCAACGAAGAAGAUCCGAUUGUGAAGUUGAAUGUGGGCGGAGUCACUUUUCAGACUUUAAAAUCCACGUUGACAAAGCGCAAAAUGAUGUUUAGAGUGAUGUUGGAGACGGAGAUGCCGGUACGGAAUCGAUUUUUCAAAAAAUUCGAGAAAGUUCUAGAGUUUUUGAGAACCGGCGUAAUCGCGAAUUUUUCGGAUUUUGGAAUCAUCAGCAGCGUUCAAGAAAAGGCUCAUCACUUUAUGCUCGAAGAUCUCGAGGCAUACUGUAGAUUUGUCGAAGCUGAUAAAAUGCGAAUGCGGGAUUUCAAUUUGAAAAUCCCAGAAUCGGUGAAAUUCGUCGAAAACUACUCGGAACUUCUGAAAAUUGCCAUGAAAAUCAAAAAAGUGCCUACUCUCGUCCUUCAUGCUCCAGUGAAAAAUUUCGGAAGCAUUGAACUCCCAAUGGAAUUCGAUUUUUUUCGUUUCCCGCUAUACUACAAGCGCGUUUUGGACAUCUACAUCAAAAAAAUGCUCUCGGCUACUGUAAAGCAGGAGAUUCCUCUCUGGAAACGGCCCCCACCACCUGGAGCCAACAUUCCAGAGCUUCCAGAAGCGACUGGAGGCAGGAAUAUGGAUGUCAAACAAUACUUGAAAAAGUUUCGAAAAGUCAAACAGGCCAAAAUUGAUCAGUACGCGUUCCAAGAUGAGGAGCUGGGCUAUGUGGUCCUUCAAGAAAUUGAAAAGGUCCCAGAAAUAUGGCAGACAGAGAAAAUUAGCCGGAGGAUCGAUCCAUGGGCAAAAGUUGGAGCCGCCACAUUCAAUAGGACGGGAUCGUUGGUUAAUAUUGCAACCAUGACCAAAAUCUUCAAUCGUGGUCGGUGUCAUCUUCGGGAUCGGAUCCGAACCAAAAUUGCGUCAGCGAAAAAAUUCAAAGAAGUAUUUCUGGACGAAGACCUCGAAAACUACCUCUGGACAUUUCCCGACUAUUUUGCCCUCCGAUUUUAUCGAGAAAUGCUUGAAAAACACGUGGGAUACUGUAGAACAAGGGAUUGCUUUGAUGCAAAUGGAGAGCCAAUUUGUUUUACAAUUGAAGAUAGUGAGGAUGAGGAAGAUACGCAGGAAGUGGAGGAAGAAAAUGAUGAUGAGCAAUAUUUUAAAGAAGGAGGAGAGUACGACGAUAUGGUUAUUGAGGAACGAUUGGUCUACGAGGAGGAUUUGGUUGUGGGAGUUGAAGAGGUUCUUGAGGAAGUUCAAGAGGAGAUGCAAGACAUUUAUGCUGAGCAAUCCAUUGAGCGGCAGAAAAAUGUGCCAAGAUUCCAGAGAGGGGCAGAAGAUGGUCAAGCUGAGCAAUUGCCAAGAAGAAGAACAGUGGAUAAUGGACCAGGAACUUCUGCUAGCAACCGUGGACCCCAACAAAAUGCGGCAACACCGAGAAAGCCAGGUGUUUUGAUCAACCAAAACCAAAUCCAGCUCAUGCAACAGCAAAUCAAACAACGGCAGAAUCCACCAGAGGAGCGUCAUGAGCCAGAAGAUCAUCAUCUCUCACAGCAACAGGAGCGAAUUCCGGAACCCCAACAGCCAAUUCCAGCUCCACAAGUUCAACAAGCUCCGCCUCCGGAAAAUGUGCAGCUUCAAAACCCACCACAACAACCAUAUAGGCAUUACGAUCCCAAUAUUGAUAUCGGAUUCAUGGCAUACAAUAUGCAACGCAUUGGUAUGGAACACCCUGAGAGACAGCAACUGAUUUUAAAUACAAUGAACUGUUACUUGCAAAUUUUUAGCUCUAAUUUACCGCCAAACACCACGCCAGAGGACAUUUAUGAGUUCUUGGCUAGGGAAUACCCCAAUGAGACUGGCGAGCGGCUUUAA